GUUGCUCAAAUGGGCUAUAAAAGUUCCUCUCUCUCAUAGCUCUUCCAAACUUCCCCUUGACUUCUUGGUGGCUCAGUGUGUACUGCAGCUUUCAUCCAUCCUCAAAAAAUGUCCUGCUACGAUCUGUGCUCUACCACCACCGGUGGCAUCAGCUGCCCCCAGCCCAUCGCUGACAGCUGCAAUGAGCCCUGUGUCCGGCAGUGCCCUGACUCCACGACUGUGAUCCAGCCACCUCCUGUUGCCGUCACCUUCCCUGGACCCAUCCUCAGCUCCUUCCCCCAGCAAGCUGUGGUGGGAUCCUCUGGAGCACCUAUUCUUGGGGGCUCUGGGGGCUCCUCCCUUGGCUAUGGGGGUCUGUAUGGCUAUGGAGGCUCCUCCCUGGGCUAUGGGGGUCUGUAUGGCUAUGGAGGCUCCUCCCUGGGCUAUGGGGGUCUGUAUGGCCUUGGGAGCUAUGGGGGCUAUGGGGGUCUGUAUGGGGGCUCCUCCCUGGGUUACAGGGGUCUGUAUGGCUAUGGUAGAUCCUAUGGCUCUGGCUACUGCAGCCCUUACCGGUACAACAGGUACCGCCGUGGCAGCUGUGGGCCCUGCUAAGCCAUACAGAAGUAACCUACAUGAAGAAUAUCCAGUGACUCCAUGAUACAAUCUUGAUCCAUAGCAGUAGUCCCAAAGGAAAUGAUAUGAAGUUGUGAGUGAUCUCAUCUCACUGCAGUAGAGCUGGGAGCACACAGAGCGUCUUUAAUCUCCUCACAUUCUACUCAUGGUUUCUUUGAUUAUUUUUUCUUCCUAUGUGUAUAGUUGGUGGGUACUAUAUGCAAUCUUGAUUCUUAUAUAAUGGCAUUUCACUGUUCAACCAAAAAAUAAUUAUGGAAAGAUCUGUCUGCACUGCAGUGUUUAUUCCUGGCAUUCUGUAAUACUUUUCUGUGGAUGUUUCUUAUUAAAGCAAUUUUCUUCUGAA